GUUUAAUCCCUUGGACCAAAUUAUUUUGUUUAGUUCCAUUCGAACCUAAAUUAACACCGAGGUAUCUAACCAAAUCAAACUCCGUAGUUAGUUUGCCUUAAUCAUAUCUUCUACCUCUACCGACGGAACGCCGGAGAAAUGGAUCCCUUACUUCCGAUCAUACUCCUGUCGACGAUUCUGGCAGCAAUCAUAGCGUUUCUCAUUUUCGGAAAUUAUUUCAUGAAGCAGAAAUCUGAAGUUGAAGCACUUGCGAAAGGUGAGCCUCUCAAUGACGCCAAUUCCAAGAAGUCUUCAAAACCUACUGCUUCAAAAAAAUCUCAAUUGAAACAUCAUUUUCAUGCCGCUGAUAAGGAACAAAAUAAGAAGCAUCAUCCUUUGGAUUUGAACACGUUGAAAGGUCACGGUGAUUCGGUUGGCGGUCUGUGUUUUUCAUCAGACGGGAAGAAUUUGGUCACAGCCUGUGCAGAUGGCGUGGUCCGAGUUUUUAGGCUGGAUGAUGUUUCUAAUAAAAGUUUCAAAUUCUUGCGUAUUAACAUGCCAGCUGGAAACCAUCCAUUAGCCGUUUCAUUCUUAGAAGAUGAUUCAUCAUUUGUCGUAGCUACUCAAACUCUCUCGGGAUCAUCACUUUACAUGUAUGCAGAAGAAAAUGGCAAGCCUUCAAGUGAAAGAAAAGAGCAAGCCAAGCUUCCUCUUCCUGAAAUAAAGUGGGAACACUCCAAUAUACAUGACAAAAAUGGUAUAUUGAACAUGUUUGGAACUACUGCAAGCUAUGGCAGUGCUGAUGGAAGCACUGUUAUAGCAUCCUGUUCAGAAGCAACUGAAAUUAAACUUUGGCAUGGAAAAACCGGAAAGCUAUUGGGAACAGUUGAUACUAAUCAGCUGAAAAACCACAUGGCUGCCAUAACUCCAAAUGGGCGCUUUAUGGCGGCUGCAGCAUUUACUGCUGAUGUUAAGAUCUGGGAGAUCAUUUACUCGAAGGAUGGUUUUGUCAAGGAAGUUAACAAGGCUAUGCAACUUAAAGGGCACAAGAGUGCAGUAACUUGCCUAUGUUUUACUCCGAACUCAGAUCAAGUGAUAACAGCAUCCAAGGAUGGCACCUUGAAAGUAUGGAAUAUUAACGUUCGCUAUCAUAUGGACGAGGAUCCCAAGAUUCUGAGAGGAUUUCCAAUUCCUCUUCAUGAUUCAAAAGGUGCAUCCUUGCAUUAUGACCAUCUCAGUUUAUCUCCUGAUGGGAAGAUACUUGCUGCAACUCAUGGUUCCACUUUGCAAUGGCUAUGUGCUGAGACCGGAAAGGUUUUGGAUACUGCUGAGAAGGCUCACGAUGGCGAUAUCACAUGGAUUACUUGGUCUCCCAAGAUCCUUCCUGUUGGGAACUCAGAAUCCUUCAUCUUGGGAACAUCUGGAGUUGACAAAAAAGUUAAAUUAUGGCUGGCACCCCUGUUCAUCCAUCAUGAAUAAGUUGUAUGGUACGGCGAUAAUGGCUGGAAAAGCAUCAGUGUUGUUUCCUUCCCUAAGAAAUUCCGCGAUUUUGUAGUUUUACAUUGCUGCUGGUUCACCAUCUUACUGCUACUGCCCAACUUUGUCCAUGUUGUGUAAUUUCACAACCCUCUGUGGCUGAAACAUGAGAAAGUGAGAAUCGCAGUGCUUUUAGACCAGAUUACAAGAGAAUUAGUUUGUAUGGUUUAAAACUUUAAACUAAUUGCAUACGUGACAAAAUGGUAAUGUUGUUGUUUAAUAGAAUCUCACUCAAAUAUGUAAUGUCUCGUAUUGGAUGUGUAAAGCGUAAAUUUGAGUUGCAGUUACGGAAAAUCUGCUGGUUAAUUUAUGCUCAAGUCUUCUAUCUUCUGAA